UCGUGAGAGGCGCAGGCGCACGAGUGACGUCACGGCGAGCGUCCGGAGGCCGGGUGGUGCGGGAGUGCGACGCUCGGGGCUGCGGGUACUGGAGAUUGUGCAGGGUCUCCGACGCCAUGUUCGGCUCCAGCCGCGGCGGCGUGCGUGGCGGGCAGGACCAGUUCAACUGGGAGGACGUGAAGACCGACAAGCAGAGGGAGAACUACCUAGGCAACUCGCUGAUGGCGCCAGUGGGCCGCUGGCAGAAGGGCCGCGACCUCACCUGGUACGCGAAGGACCGUGCGCCGUGUGCCGGCCCGAGCCGUGAGGAAGAGCUGGCGGCUGUGCGCGAGGCGGAGCGCGAGGCGCUGCUGGCCGCACUCGGUUACAAGAACGUGAGGAAACAGCCCACCGGCCUGAGCAAGGAGGACUUCGUGGAGAUCUGCAAACGGGAAGGAGGCGACCCUGAGGAGAAGGGCGUGGACCGGCUGCUGGGCCUGGGCAGUGCCAGUGGCUCCGCAGGCCGUGUGGCACUAUCCCGGGAAGACAAAGAGGCUGCCAAGCUUGGGCUGUCAGUGUUCACGCACCACCGCGUGGACAGCGCAGGCCCAAGCACCGCCCCGUCGGCUGCCAGGAAGAAGCCCCGUGCUGAGGACAAGGCCGAGCAGGAUACAGAGAGCUCUAAGAAAAGCAAGAAAGAAAAGAAACACAAGAAGAAGAAACACAAGAAACACAAGAAGAAAGACAAGGAAUACAAAAGGGAUACUGACAGCUGCCCAUCAUCUCCCUCCCCUGCUAGGCCCAGACACCAGAGACAUGAUUCUGACUUCUCCCCCUGCUCUAAGAGGAAGCGGGGACAUAGCCAGGACAGUGGAAGGAGCCCAUCCCGCAAACGACAAGACAGAGGUUUUGAUGACUGAGAAAUUGGCUAGACCAAAGGACACCAGAGCCCUGGUUGCCCUUUGCUGGGACCCUGGCCACCAGCCCCCUCCCUACUUGCUCAAACCAACCAUUCCAUCCCUAUCUGGGAUAAGGCAGGUGGUAGGAUUCUGAACCAAGCUUGUUGGACCUUGGGAUCUAUCUCACCAUUUGGAGGCAACUUAUGUGGCAACCACUCCAGGCAGCUGAGGAGUGGGUCCUAGGUGACCAGAGACUAGUGAUUCUGUGAGGGUGUAUAUAGUGCCCUUGUCUUGCCUCCAUGCCAAGGAAGAUACAGUUGCUCAGAAGCCUAAGGCCAGACUCCUGUUUCUGCUACUUCUGCUGCUACAGGCCCUUGAGGUUUAGGGGUAUGUGUGUUUGUUUGGAUAUCUGGUUACUUCUUUUUGUAUCAACCCACUUUGUACGUAAGUAAAUGUAUUUUAAAAGUA